CAUGGUCUCACGCAUCAUCCAUGCGCACUCGCUGACGCCCUGACCACCUCUACGCUACUACCGCCAUUACUACGACUACUAUAUAUCCAUUCUACAGGACUCUAUAUAUAUAUAUAUAUAUAUAUCAAUCAAUCAGCUUAUCAUUAAUCAAUAUUUGAUUACUUAGUUCAUCGAUUGCGGAGGUUCCACUUCCAUGGCGGCGGCCCCAAGCACAGCCACAGCGCCCCUUGCCGGCCGCGUGGCUAUAGUCACCGGAGCAUCCCGCGGAAUCGGCCGAGCAAUCGCAGUCCACCUCCAUGCCCUCGGCGCCAAGCUCGUCCUCAACUACGCCUCCGGCGCUACCCAAGCCCAGGCCUUGGCCCACGAACUCAACAGUAACUCAAACAACUCCUCCACCACCGCAAUCGCCGUGAAGGCCGAUGUAUCCAACCCCGACGACGUGAAGUCGCUCUUCGACCGGGCGGAGCAGGAAUUCGAGGCUCCGGCGCACAUCCUCGUCAACUGCGCCGGAGUUCUGGACCCCAAGUACCCGGCCAUCGCCAGCACGAGCGUGGAGGACUGGGACGCCUGCUUCAACGUCAAUGCCAAGGGCGCCUUCCUGACCUGCCGCGAGGCCACCAAUCGCCUGGCGCGCGGGGGGCCGGGGAGGAUCGUGCUGAUAUCGACGUCGGUGGUGGGGGCGGCGCUGCCGGGAUACGCAGCCUACGCGGCGUCGAAGGCGGCGGUGGAGACGAUGGCCCGGAUCGCGGCGAAGGAGCUGAAGGGCACGGGGAUAACGGUGAACUGCGUGGCGCCGGGGCCGGUGGGGACGGAGCUCUUCUACGCGGGCAAGAGCGAGGAGACGGUGCGGAGGAUUGUGGAGGCCUGCCCGCUGGGGCGCCUGGGUGAGCCCGACGACGUCGCCCACCUCGUUGGCUUUCUCGUCGCUGACGGAGGGGGCUGGGUCAACGGCCAGAUCAUCCGGGUCAACGGUGGCUUUGUCAUUUGACUGUCUUCAAUUCGAUGUGAUGUCACCGCUUACGACAUGCGUACCCCCAUGCCAGUUGUUAUUAUGAUUAUUAUCAUUAUUCCUAUAAAAUUAAAAAUCAAAGGGUUUUGUUUGAA